AGAGGUGUUUCACUUUUAUUUAGCCUACGGUUCCAACUGGCUUACCCCAUGAGGUGAAUUCUUGUGCCUAAGAAGCAACGUCACUCAAACAUAUUUUUGGAUACUGAAACAGCUUCUAAUAGGUGGGAAAUUCUCCGUACACAUACAAGAUGGUGGUAAUGCUGAGGCAGUGUUGCUGCAGUUUUUCUCUGGGAACUGGCACAAUUAUUAUAGGAAUUAUUGAAAUGAUAGGCGGGAUUACGAAUGUCGUAUUGGGCAUCAUAGCUGCUAUUCAAGCGAGUACAGGACCGAUGACGGAAGAGAAUAUACUUGACGCUCUCAUUACUAUCAGAGUAACCAGCAUAAUACUCACCUUGAUAGCAGCGCUAUUCACGUUGAUGGCCGUUCUACUUAUCAUUGGCGCAAGAAGGAAUACACCGUGGUUUCUGUCUCCUUGGAUGAUAUAUACUUGCUUUUAUAUAUUUGCUACUGUGGUUUCAUACGUCAUAAACACUGUAGCAUACGCAGAGACAGGAGACAAUUUGGAAGCAUGCUUCUCCGUUCUAAGAGCCGUUCUGACUGUGUCGCUGCAGACAUACUUUCUUCUCGUUGUUUAUAGUCUCUAUCGAGAGCUCAGGGGCGACGACUUGCUGAACGUGUGAUCUGGAACACUGCAGUGCCUUACAAGAACACAGAAGUCAUGUCGUGAUUAACUUCAGCAACACACAUCGGUAUUAUGAACUGAAACGUUGUACUUAAUGCAGGUUUCUGUACAUGUACUGUGGGUAUGUUUCUGUACAGAGAUCAAAACUGUGAAUUUCAUCGCAAAUUAUUACUCAAGGUCGCUUCCGUUCUGGUUUUCCGACCAAUAAUCUGUACCCAUUUUCAAGUUCUCCUACGGUCUGGACGAGUUCCUUUGUGUAGUGUUAACCAGCAGGCAACGGCGUGACCACAGAAGCUGAAAAAUCUCCAAUGUUAAGGUGUUUUUCCAAGCAACGACUAGUGAAGACACUGCAGGUUGGAGACAACUUAGCGUGUAGCGAUUUCUAAAGUGAGGAAAUCAGUGAUAGCCUUGUGACUGCUUGUAGCUCCGAGUCGUGUGUGUGGGUGGUCGAUGGAUCGAUACACCAAUCCAUACCCCGUCUAUAGUCACACACGCCUAAAUCGUGACAAUACCUAUGAAUGCCAUAGGAUGGUUAAGUACAACAUUAUAGCUCCACGUUAGCUAUUUUCUCGAUUCUCCUGUUAACUUCGUCUUUAAAAUAGCUGAGCAGCUGACGCAUCUAAACAACUAACUAACUUUCUAAUCACACAACUAAGAAAAUAAUUAGUUACUUCGCCACAAGAAAACAGACCCAAAAUACUGAAGACAAGAGAUCUGAAAUCCUCACAAAGUACCAAGAAUAAGGUACUCUCCGACAUGACGCAAAAUUUAAGGAAGCAUCCUGAAGAUGGAAGCAAUAGGUUGUUCCGAAUUGUCGGUAACCAUCUGCCAAACUCUAUGGCAUCACAUCUGCAAUAAGAUAAGAACUUACCACUAAACUUUCUCCAAGGUUACACGAAUCCGAUCCGUCUAAGUACAACCAAUUUUUUAGAGAUUCCUUUUAGUAUUAUCCUUUCCUGAAUAGGAGUGGGGGGAAUAACGAGCAUUAAAUUUGUCCCGAAUGUAGCGAAGAAGAAGAAGACUGGAUCAUCAUUAAAAGUGAAGGAAGCAACAUAGAUUUGAGGGACGAGAUUUUGUAUCAGAAGUUCAAGAAUAUCUAUGCAGACGUAGCUACAAGGUGAUAACAUGAUGUAAGAAUAAAGAGCAAUGGCUAAAGACAGGGUUAUAUGAUCAAAUGUAAAGAAAAUUUGUAAGAACAGCGAGAAUGAAGUGGAAAUAAACUUAAAAAAAAAAUUGCAAUUAUUACGAUUAGCAAUAGGAUAUGUAUAAUACGACUAUGAAUGUAUAAUAGAUGAAUAUUAUACUGCAAAAGGAAUAUA